AUGCUUUCAAAUGGUGCGAUUAGCCGCACUCUGAUUGAGCUCCGGGAAAUGGCGAGCAAGGUAGUGAGGAACCAUCUUCGGAUCAAGCGAAUGAAUGUGCAGAGUAUGCAACUUAAAUUUUCCAGUCUCAGAAUCAACCUCGUCGAGCAGAUAUCUAUACUCGUCAAGAAGAUAGCCAUCACGGCGCUUGAAGUAUCGCUGGAACAGAGACCGGACACUGGGACCAUACGUAAUGAGAAGACGAAGGUCUUCCAUGCUGAGGACCUUCUCCUUCGGGUCAAAAAGGUUCCCUUUUUUCAGAUGUUGAAGGUGAACUGGCAGCUCAAUCUGGUUCUUGAGGCUGGAUGGGGCUUCGGCUUCGAGGGAGCUGGCUGGAAGCUCGGGAUCGCGAGAAGGCGUGAGACCCAAUGCGGGAUCAAUGGAAGGGAGAAUCAUAUCUGGGGGUCUGAACUCCCCACUGAACGCAGCGUGGCGUUGAAAGCUGGCGCUUGCCUCUGCCUUCUGCUGGGCAUAUCGCAUCUCUCGGUAGAUCUGGGAAUCAACGUAAGGCUGGUCAUCCAGAGGGGGGUAACCUGGUGCCUGGUUCCACGGGUUUGGUCUUUCCAUUGUGAAGCGGCUAUCAAUAUCGGCGAAAGAAUGCGGGAUUCCCAAGAUAGAUGCCAGGUGCGAAAUCAAUUCUGGGGAGGCAAAUGCAAUGUUCUGCGGCGUGUAGUCACCAUAUCCAUGGUCAGUGAGCUUUGUCAGAUCGUCCAAGGAUGUCAACGAGUCGAGAACUCUAUCGCGCACCGUUCUGUUGAGACGGUGGAUGGAUGGAAGCACAACUCUAGCUUCGUCCUCAUCCGGCUGGGCAGUGAUUUCCCUGCGUUUCAUAGGAGACUCUUCUGUCUCAGCCACGCGUCCGAUGUGGAACAGACGUUCAGCAAUGGUCAUGGUAUCAAGCUCGGGUGGCAGGUCUGGGACGGAACUGGAAGCAAAGCCAGCAUCGUAGGAGCUCGGAAGACCGAAAGCCGUCUCAGGGGACCGCUUGCCGACGCGCAGUCCAGGCAAUGGAUCGUCAGAAGUGAAUGGGUCUGA